UUCUUCUGAUGCUACGAACUCAGAACCUGCCACAGAACACACCGCGAAGAAACUGAAGGUGGACGCACCUAUAAACCAGUACGAGAAGGAGGUGAAGAGCUACACCGCGAGCCUGAAGGACAACGGGGCUGGUGUACGGCCAUUAGUGAAAUGACGAAACAACGCACCAUGAGUGUCGACAGCUACCAUUCCACUCGCAUAUUGCGUCCACACAGAUGGGCUCUUCUAUGUCUAAACAUAUACAGCAAUUGUACUAUACGCAUGUCUCACCCAGCAUUCGCAAUGCAUAUCAGACCUUCAAUGUGCUACACAUACAUAUCAUGCGUGCAUCUUACGACAAACAGGACAUUCGACGUGUUGCACAACAUAGCCAUUAAGGUCGACUCGGUAUCGCCACGCAGGUGCAUUGCACCGGAUAGACAGACAAUUUGGGAUCAAACGAUGCGUGCUCAGGGUGCUCACAAGAACCAUCCGCAUGUUCCUAUAGCGCGACCUUUGCUUGUUAAGCUACUCGGUCGAUAAGACUGUGACCUGCGAUAGGGCGUGGCUCGAGAGGACUUCUCAGGGCAGCGAAUGCCGAAGGCGUCGUCACGAAGCAUCCCUCGGUCGUACGAUACGCAUUGGAGUCUCGCUAGACGGGAAUGUCUAUUUCGCUGCCUUUUUACUCUCCAUGAAGAGCACCCGUGCCUUGACUGAUGUGACAAAGGCUGAGCAAACCAAUUCA